GCAGAAAUAAUUGAUGUGGAGUGUUACUUGCGAGUAAGGGUAUUGCUUUCGAGUUGUUCGUGAAAUAGAUGAAAAUGCCACCGAAGAGAAGUUCAAGGAUAAAGACCCGAGCUAGCCGCAAGAAAACGGUGACAAAAGAACCCCGUGGAAACUCCUCAUCUGAAGAGACGGAUCCAUCCAAACUGACAGAUAUCAUCACCAGUCCGUCCAAGACGUGCAGGGUCAAGCCAGACAAGUCUUCUAGUAGAGAGCCUGCGGAUUGUUAUGAUGGAGACUGGGAGAACACAGGAAGUGAGUCAGCCAGCCAAUCAGAAGCCACAUCUGCACCUCCCCGUCAUGACGUGGAGAUGAAAAGUCAUCAACAUUCUAUGAAUCACUCCUCUGAGACUGACUCUUCAAGCUCAUCCAGGAGAAAGAUGAAGCGACAACAAAAGCCAAGGAAGAAAACAAGAGCUGCAGUACAGAAGACACCAGCAGCUGGCAUAUUGUCACCAGGCAGCACCCCACAAGAGGAAGUCUUCACUCUUAGGUGCUCCGUUCAAACAGAUCCUCCAGCAAAAUCCAGGCCAAAAAGAGCAGUAAAUAAAUCCAAAGGAAAUACCCCUUUCUCCAAGCAUGUGUUGACAAUGAAGGAAGCAUACAAUUCAACCAUUUCACCUCCAUUGGUCGGAAUAAAACCUCUUAACGCGUCCGACACUUCCACGCCCAGCAUGGAUGCCAGAGGAUCUGCCUCGUGUAGUUUCAUGGACGAUUCAGCUUUCGGGUUUGGCACCAUGGAAGAUCUUCCCUGCGUCACCCCCAUUGAGCUAGUGGUCUCUCCUGUCAAGGAGGUCUCACCUUUGGUAAAUGUCAGACCACAGAGAGAGAACAUUGCAAAGCCGAUGCCAUUGUCAACUGUGUCGGAUGCGUCUGGUAUGUCUCCUUCAAAGUUGUCGCCAUCUUUCGAGCACAACCUGACACUGUCUGUGUCGCCUAAACAAAGGCAAAACAUGCGACAGUUAGCACACUCCCAUAAAGCCUCUAGUCUGACCAUAGCUUCAUCCUCACUACAAACCACACCUUCAUCUCCCUGUGCGCCAGUUGAAGAAUCUACUGAAGUUUUCAAGAAGCCAAAAGCCUCUGCAAACACAACAGACCAAAGGCUGGAGAGGUCACCGUCAUCCACAGUCACCUCUCCGUCUUCCUCAAUUUCCUCCAAUCUGGUCUCCCCACAGAAGAGAAAGAUGCCACCUGGGAUGAACGAUAUACCGAUAGAGCCAGAGAAAGAAAAGAAAAGAAGGAGAAAAAACCUCAAGAAGACGAAAGCAGAGAUGGAAGAAUGGGCAGCUCACAUGACUGCCAAAUUCAAUGAAAUUGAGUCCUAUGAACUUGAGGUUGAGUAGGAACCGCAAGUGCCUAGAACUACAAAACUGUAUAAAUUGAAGACAUGACGUAUUUCAAAUGCAGAUACAGCUAUAACCUAAUGUUAACAUUAUAUACUAUGUAAGAGACUAACGUACACCAAACAAUGCUGGAUGUUUAACCAAUUUAUACAUGUAGAUUGUUCACUUAGUGGGCAGAGAUUAUCUCUUGUUGUGCAGUUAUACUAAUGAUAGUACUUUUGUACAGAGUGAGUCAUCAUAAUUCAACAUAUAACACAUUGUCAAAAGGAAUACUAGUACAUAAUACAUGUACAUGUAUGUGUGCACAUUAUGUUGGCAAACUGUAAACAUGCUCUGUGCACUUAGCCCUAAUAUCUCCUGUUUUAUUAAUUAUGAUAUUGUUUCUUUCAAGAAGCUUUUCCUGUAAAUGAUAGUAUUCCGCUAUGUUUGAUAUUUUUGUCUUGUCAUUCUGCGGCUAUUCCAAGAUCAGGGUGCGCCAAAUGGUUGCACUUGGGCCAAUUAUUCAAGUUUUAUAUUUUUCUACUUCUUUUAGUGCAGAAAAUCGCACUAGAAGUGUUGGCAUACAUUGCACUUUUUAAAUGUUUGGUUCAAAAGUUGUGCUCUUCCAAACUUGGCAUACUCAUUUCAGAUUUGGCAGGCAACGGACACUACAGCUCAAGUACAUGACAAGAACACCAAAUCUCGCGAGACCUGUCAUUUAGGGAUGGACAAAAUGCUACAGAAAUAACAUAAAUACAAAAUUACUUGGCAACGGACACUACAUGGCAACGGAUACUACACACUUGAGUUUUUUUUUACA